GGCAGCGAGUAGUUUUUGCUGUUGUCCCUUUUGUUGACAAACCUCUCGGAUAACUCGAGUGUUCACGGUUUGACAGCGGGGGAGCUGACGUCACGCCGUCACGUGACACGCGUGGUAGUAUAUCUUUAACUGAAAAAGUAAUCUAUCAGGCAGUCCUUAAAAGCGGCUUUCCAACGGCGGCGACAACUUUUUUUUUCGCCCCUACUCCACGCUCUAAAAUAUUUGGAAUGUAUGUUUGUUUUGGGCUUUUUGGCAUGAGAGUAUAGCGCCACAAAAGAAGUAUUAAUUAACAGCGUUAAAGUUGAAGGGAAGUUUUCAUCGCUGGCUGCGCUAAGCCGCUAAAAUAGAGCUGGUGGUGUGUCCACCUCUGCCUGGAACUGGACGCGUUUACUUACUCACCUUUGGUUGUGCUUCAGUAAAAACGGCUGUGAUGACCCUCUCUGGCAGCAGCAGCAGUAGCAGUAGCAGCGCCGACAUGUCCGGUCAGACGGUCCUUACCGCCGAAGAUGUGGACAUCGAUGUGGUGGGAGAAGGAGAUGAAGCCUUGGACCGAGACAGCGACUGUGAAAGCCACGAUCGCGGCGACGAGGUGGAGGAGGUGGCGAUUAAAGAGCUGGCAGGGAGCCCUUCCUGUGAGGGUAGCGGCAUUGAAGGAGACUCCAAAGCAGAUGGGCACCAGGACGGCACUUCGGGGCCCCUGCAAAACAAACCUAAGAACAGCCUGGUAAAACCGCCUUACUCUUAUAUAGCUCUCAUCACCAUGGCCAUCCUGCAAAGUCCACAGAAAAAACUGACCCUUAGUGGCAUCUGCGAGUUCAUCAGCAACCGCUUUCCUUAUUACAGAGAGAAGUUCCCCGCCUGGCAAAACUCCAUCAGGCACAACCUAUCCCUGAAUGACUGCUUCGUAAAGAUCCCCCGGGAACCCGGCAAUCCUGGAAAGGGCAACUACUGGACCCUGGACCCCCAGUCCGAAGACAUGUUUGACAACGGCAGCUUUCUUCGGCGGAGAAAAAGGUUCAAGCGGCACCCCCAGCAGGACGUACUGCGAGACCAGACUGCGCUGAUGAUGCAGAGUUUCGGGGCUUACAGCCUGGGCAGCCCGUAUGGGCGUCACUACGGCAUUCACCCGGCGGCUUACACCCACCCGGCAGCCUUACAGUAUCCCUACAUCCCCCCGGUCGGCCCUAUGCUCCCUCCUGCGGUCCCACUAUUGCCAUCGGCGGAGCUCAACAGAAAGGCUUUUAACUCCCAGCUGAGCCCCGGCCUUCAGCUGCAGCUCAACAGCCUGAGCACCUCGUCGCUAAUCAAAUCGGAGCCGUCCAGCAGACAUUCGUUCAGUAUAGAGAACAUCAUUGGAGUGGCCAGCACAUCGUCUAGCGCACAAACUUUUCUGCGACCCCCGGUGACUGUUCAGUCCGCCCUGCUAAGUGCACAGCCGCUGUCAUUAAGCCGGACCUCUGCGGCCAUUGCCCCCAUCAUCAGCGUCCCGACCAAUAUCAUCUCUGGACAGUUUCUGCCCUCUGCUUCCACGGCAGCGGUCUCCAAGUGGCCGUCCCAAUGACACCGCGCUGAUGUCGUUCAAAA